UACAAGAGCCCUCAGAAGCGUCGCGCGGAACGCGCUUUGGCCACAGACGUGAAAGGCAAACAAAGCGAUUGAGCACGCUGCGCGCCUGGGAACAGCCCUAUACGUGAGUUUCACAGCGGUUCCAGCGCUUGGGUAGCAUCACGCGUGGCCUGGCAACCUGCUGCACGCGAGCAAGCCGCGUUGCUUGGCACACUCAAGCCACAAAGUGCCACAGUCCUCUGCUAGGCAGCAGAGGCGCGUCGAGGCGCGUCGACGCCAUAAACCAUGGCCGCGGUCCGCUGCACCAUAGCGGCGGCCCUCAUCGGCCAGGCCUGGGGCCUCGUCCCACCUCAACCGACGCAAGCGAGGCAUACGACGCUCCACGCGAAGCGACCAGACUACAUUCCCGGCGUCAUCUCCGAUCCAGGUUAUGUGAGAAUAUUCGACACGACGCUCCGAGACGGCGAACAAAGCCCGGGCGCCACGCUCACGUCGAACGAAAAGCUCGACAUCGCAAGGAUGUUGGCCAAACUGGGAGUCGAUAUUAUCGAGGCAGGCUUCCCCAUCGCCUCUCCCGAUGAUUUUGACGCCGUCAACCAGAUCGCGCGCGUCGUCGGGAAUGAAGUGGAUGAGGACGGCUACGUCCCUGUUAUUUGUGGCUUGUCCCGUGCCAAUCCCAAGGACAUCGAGCGCGCGUGGGAAGCAGUCAAGCCAGCGGUAAGACCGCGCGUCCACACGUUCAUCGCCACAUCACCAAUACACAUGGAGACGAAGCUCAAGAAGACGCCGGACGAGGUUUUACAAAUUGCCGUCGAUGCCGUAAAAUUUGCCAAGUCGCUCGGCUGCGACGACAUCGAAUUCUCGCCGGAAGAUGCGGGUCGCAGCGACCCCGAGUUCCUGAUCAAGGUGUUGAGUGCCGUGGUCGACGCGGGGGCUACUACGCUGAACAUCCCCGAUACGACGGGAUGGAAUGUACCCUGGGAGUUCGGACCCCUGAUCCAGCAGCUCCGGGAGGGCCUCGGCGAGAAGGCUGAUAGGGUUGUAUUUAGUACGCACUGCCAGAACGAUCUAGGGUUAUCUACCGCUAACAGUAUCGCGGGUGCGGCCCAUGGCGCGAGGCAGAUCGAAUGCACGAUCAACGGCAUCGGCGAGCGGGCGGGCAACGCGGCAUUGGAGGAGGUAGUCAUGGCUCUGGCCUUGAAAGGACCGACGCACUUCGGGGCGAAGGGGCCUUGUGGUGAAGGUCCUGAUCUGAGGACGGGCAUCGACCCCGUCCACAUCACGCCGACCUCGAACAUGGUAAAAGAGUACACGGGCAUGGCCGUCCAGCCCCACAAGGCUAUUGUGGGGGCCAACGCCUUCCAGCACGAGUCGGGCAUCCACCAGGACGGCAUGAUCAAGAACAAGCAGACGUACGAGAUCAUGACGCCCGAGUCCAUCGGUUUGAUGCGCGGCGACCAGCAGUCCGGCGCGGGCAUCGUUUUAGGUAAACACUCCGGAAGGAACGCCGUCUCGACGAGAUUGAAUGAGUUAGGAUAUGAGUUAGAUGAUGACAAACUACAAGCGAUUUUUAUUCGCUUCAAGGAGGUCGCCGAACGGAAAAAGGGCGGGUUGGACGACGACGACCUCGAGGCUCUUGUCGCUGAUGAGGUUUAUAGUGCCCAGGCCAUGUGGCGGUUGGAGCGAGUGCAGGUGACCACGGGUUCUGGUGUCGUGCCCACCGCGACCGUCGCGCUCACAGGACCGGACGGCGUGGAACGCCAGGGCGUCGCCAUGGGCACGGGGCCCGUCGACGCGGCCUACAAGGCCAUCGACGCGUUGACUUCUGUGAAAGUUCAUCUCGAGACGUACAGCAUGGAGUCUGUUAACGCGGGCAUAGAAGCGAUGGCGACGACGAAGGUCGUGGUCAAUCCCGUCGACUCGGCGACGUCGCUGCACUCGUCCGGGUAUACGACUUCCCGGAAGUUUUCUGGUUCCGGUUCGGAUACCGACGUCGUGGUCUCGUCGGCCCGCGCGUACGUGGCAGCGGUGAACAAGCUCAUCCGCUGGAACAUGCGGCGGGCGGCGGCGGAGCAGGUCGAGGCGCAGGAGGCGUGAGUCGCGUAAGGUGGGGUUUCUAC